CGACAUCUCUUUUCUUUCCCAUAAUUUUUCUUUUUUGCGAUAUCCAUCGUCCUCUCUUGUCAAACCUGACAAAUCCAAAGGAGGAAGAAUAGUGACGUUACAAUUUAUUAAUAACGCUUGUUAUCUUUUCUUUAUAUACUUCACUAUACCAGACAAGAACCCAACAACAACAAAAAAAGAACUGUUUUAUUUUCUUAUUUAUUGGGUUAAAUUUUUUGUAAAAUGGGGAAUUGUCAAGCGGCAGAGGCAGCGACAAUUUUGAUCCAUCACCCCGCGGAGAACAAGGUGGAGAGGAUUUACUGGUCGGUGACAGCAAGUGACGUCAUGAAAUCCAAUCCUGGUCAUUACGUUGCUGUGGUAGUGACGUCACCGACAUUAAAGAACGAGAAAGGGACGCCGUUGAAGCAGCUCAAGCUGCUUCGUCCUGACGACACUUUAGUCAUCGGACAUGUUUACCGUCUCGUCAGCUUCGAAGAGGUUUUGAACGAGUUUGCGACGAAGAAGUGUGUAAAGCUGGGGAAGCUAUUGAAAGACGGAGGAGGGCUUGAGCUGAAGAAAAAAAAACAUAGAAAGAAGUCAGAUCAGGUAAAGGGUCGGGUCAACCCUAGUUCGGAUCCGGAUCCGAAAGAAGAUGAGUCUAAUGAUACGGUUGCCGGAGAAGACGGUGGAAAUGGGUUUAUGAGACGGAGUCACGGAGGAGGAAGAGGUGGCGGUGGGUGGAGACCAGCUUUACACAGCAUUCCUGAACUUAGAUCCUCAUGACUUCAAAAGCGUCGAUAUUCUUAAAGCACAUCCGACAACAUUAAAAGUUUAUGUAAAGCGAUGUUAUUAUCAUAAAUGCUUUAAAUGAAUAUCCCGUCUCAAACUAUAUUUUCAAGUGCUUUUUAAAAUUUUGAGCGUUCUUAAACUAAGAUCUAAAAGCUUUGCGGCAAUAUUGCAACAUUAUUUGCAGAUUCUGAUUAGCAUGAAUCAUUUACUUUUUUGUUUCCUUGUUUGGUGUACACAAAGUUUCUAUACAUCCAAUGAUAACGUUCCAUAGCAUGUUUAAUAGAGGAUUUUUA